AUGGGGAAGCAAGUUGAUAGUAAGACUAUUACUUGGGUGAUUGAAAAUUUCUCCUCUUUGCAAUCCGCAUCAAUUCACUCUGAUCAAUUCGUGGUUGGUGAUUGCAAAUGGCGUCUUAAGGCCUAUCCCAAGGGAAAUGAAAAGGCGACUUAUUUGGCUUAUAGGGCUAAUAAUUUGGCUCUGUAUUUAAACGUUGCUAAUAGUAAAUCUUUCCCUAUUGGAUGGACAAGACACACUAAAUUUUCUCUUACUUUAGUAAAUCAAAAAUCAGAAAAACUCUCCAAACUAACAGAAUCACAACACUGGUUUGAUCAUAAGUCUACUAGCCGGGGGUUUCCAGCUAUGAUUCCUCUCACUAAUCUGCAUACUAAUGAGGGAUUUCUGGUGAAUGGAGAACUCACCCUUGUUGCCAAGGUAGAGGUUCUUGAAGUUGUAGGAAAAUUAGAUGUAUCAAAGAAAUCUUCACCAGUAAUGGAAACCAUAGAUGUCAAUGGGUUUCAAGUUCUUCCUCAAAUAGAAUCGGUGAAUCGUUUGUUUGCAAAACACCUAGAUAUUGCAUCCAAAUUUCGUCCAAAGAAACCAUAUAUGAAGACGGCGUACAUGAAUGUUCUCCUAAGCUUAACCAAGACGCUGUGCCAAUCGCCUCAAGAUCUCUCCAAUGAUGAUAUAUCUGGUGCAGGCGCUGCACUGACAUAUUUGAGAGAAGCAGGGUUUAAGUUGGAUUGGUUGGAGAAGAAACAUGGUGAGAUAAAGGAAAAGAAGAAGAAGGAAGAGGCUUCUUUGAAACGGCUGCAAGAAAUGGAGAAACAGAUCUUUAACGAAGCUCAGAUAUAUAAGGAGAAGGUGUUGGCAGCUAGAGCUCCUCUCUCUUUGAACGAAGACAAUGUUUUCUGAUGACUUACGAGUUCUAGGGCACUUGGAUUUAGGUUCUGUUAGUUUUUCUUCUUUGUCAGCUUGCGUCUUGUUUUCUAAAUGAGAACUCUCUUUAUUUGGAAACGUUUU